UAGAAAUAAAGACACUAAUGAGAACAGACCGACGUGUUCACGAUCUACUUAGUUGAAUUCAACUGUAGUCGUUUGGUUUUGAGGAUCAUACAAGAAAAUUAUUUUGUCCAUCCGAAACACAAGACGUUGAAACAUCGCUCAUGUACCUACGCCUUAUCGCGGCACACAUACGUUCAUAUAAACAUAAAUGUUGCUGGACUGUUGUCUUAAACCUAUACCUUGCAGCUACCAGAGUAUGAUCUGUAAUUACACAAAAUCGCUACUGAUCACUAGGUCAAGUGACACUAGACACCACCCUACAGUUCCGUUAAAAUGUUUGAUGAAUGAUGUAGCUGGUCACUGAUAACUCUUGGGGUCAGGCAUGUUCGUGCCUUUGUGAUCAGUGGCAUCCCAGCCGCGACUCUCGGCACAUACUUGUGCAGCGUCUAAAUUCAAGGCAUUUACCCCAUCUUACUGUGAUUUAAUGGUGCAUUUAUUCAGCACGUUGAGGAUCAACGGCGACUGCAGGAGCCUGGGCGGGACAGGCUUUAAGAUUGAAGCGGUCAACAACUUCGCUUUGCUGUCCAGCGUAUUCUUCAAUCUGUGUAAAGCCUGUCAAGUAAAGGCCAUGGCAUCGAUCCCGCCGUCCGCGUUCUCGGCUGGGCGCAUCCGAGAGACCCAGCGCGACAUGAAGCUUUCCAACAUCAAGUCUGCGAAGGAUCCCAAUGCCAAGAUAUUCAACACUAACUUCAUGGAGCUAUCACCACUGAAGUACAACAGCAAACUGAUGAUGAGCAUCUGGGGCUUCUACAACCGGUAUUCGCCGCACAACGUGAAGAACGUCAAUGAUGGCAGUGUCUUCAAAGGGGAGUUGCAGCAAUGCGCUGCCAACUCCUCUAACAAGACCGAGCCCAUCAUCACGAUGCCGUCUGCCAAACUGGACAACGUGUGGACCGCCAUCAACGUCUCUCAAUCUCACUAGGUGUAAUAAUGUGUAAUGUGUAUAGGUAAUAUAAAUACAUUCCUAACAUAAUGUGUAUCCAUUAUACAAAUGAGAUAAACGUACAGAGGCUAACAAACUAGGUGCGCAUUAAGGACAGACAAUAGCGUAUAAUCAGUGACGCACACAAAAAGAAAUAACACACACCUCGCUACGUGUGGUGCGUAAGCGCUGAUUCAGCGUGCAAAAUCAAGCGGCAAAAUCUUUAAAUUGAUGAGGAAGAAAACAAGUUUGUUAAAAUUGUCACAAGAAAUUUUACAUGGUAAGAACUAAAGUGCAAAAUCUUCAAAAUUAUUCACCAGCCUAUGCUAGAUACAUAUUUGAAUAUAUACUCGUUAAAAUAAGAUUAUUCAUUUCAUUCUAUGUCCUGUACACGAAUACACUACAUAUCAAUUUGGUAGUUUUCCAUAAAACCAUGAUUUUUUUAUAAAUAAAGUUUCAUAUUUAAAGCAGA